CCAGGGGCUGGGAGCAGGGCCUGGGUGGGCUUGACGUGAUGAUUCUCAGAGAGAACCAGCUGGCGCCGGGCGAAGGAGCUGCUAGAACAAUGCUGAGGCGGGCGAGGUGAGGAGCGGCCAGGCAGCCCGCGUGUCUGGAACAGGUGAUCGGAGGUGCCGCCAACCGGGCACCUGGGCAUCCCUCCCCUCGCCUCCCAGGCCUGGCGCCCCGGGGACCAGGCACGGGGGAGAAACCAUGGCGACCAAUUUCAGCGACAUCGUCAAGCAAGGCUACGUGAAGAUGAAGAGCAGGAAGCUCGGGAUCUACCGGAGGUGCUGGCUGGUGUUCCGGAAAUCCUCCAGCAAGGGGCCCCAGCGGCUGGAGAAGUAUCCGGAUGAGAAGUCAGUGUGCCUGCGAGGCUGCCCCAAGGUGACUGAGAUCAGCAAUGUCAAAUGUGUCACACGGCUCCCCAAGGAGACCAAGCGGCAGGCGGUGGCCAUCAUAUUCACGGAUGACUCGGCACGUACCUUCACCUGCGACUCAGAGCUGGAGGCUGAAGAAUGGUACAAGACAUUAUCCGUGGAGUGUCUGGGGUCACGGCUAAACGACAUCAGUUUGGGAGAGCCUGAUCUCCUGGCCCCAGGGGUGCAGUGUGAGCAGACAGACCGCUUCAAUGUCUUCCUGCUGCCCUGCCCCAACCUGGACGUGUACGGCGAGUGCAAGCUGCAGAUCACCCACGAGAACAUCUACCUCUGGGACAUACACAACCCCCGCGUGAAGCUCGUCUCGUGGCCCCUCUGCUCAUUGCGCCGCUAUGGCCGGGACGCCACACGCUUUACCUUUGAGGCUGGCCGGAUGUGCGAUGCUGGCGAAGGGCUCUACACCUUCCAGACACAGGAGGGGGAGCAGAUUUACCAGCGGGUCCACAGUGCCACCCUGGCCAUCGCCGAGCAGCACAAGCGGGUCCUGCUGGAGAUGGAGAAGAACGUGAGGCUGCUGAACAAGGGCACAGAACACUACUCGUACCCCUGCACACCCACCACCAUGCUGCCCCGCAGUGCCUACUGGCACCACAUCACGGGUUCCCAGAACAUCGCCGAAGCCUCCAGCUAUGCCGAUUCAUCCUGCUAAAGCCAAAGCCCAGCCAGGGGGACAGCAGCGAGGCCAAGACCCCAUCCCAGUGACAGCAGCGCUGGCGAACACAUAAGAUUGCUGGGGGCUGCCUGCAGCGUACGGUGGACAGCCAGCCCCAAGGGGCUGUUGGCCAAGAGCCUGGAGAAAGGGGGCAAGCUGUCCCCUCCUUGCCCCCAAGGGUGAGGCUGGACAAGGCAAAGGGCUGGCCACACCACCUGAGCAUGUGUGAGGGGCUGGCGCUACCGUGGGACUAUAUACUGUUAAUGAUUUUAAUAUAUAUGGCUUAUGACAUAUUCUAUAUUAAUGAGAUUGCCCCCUCUAUCCCUCCCCGCCAACACAUCCCCAUUUUUUAAUCCCACAACCAGGCCACGGUCAGGGCUGGUUUUGAGUACGAGGGCAGCGGUUUCCCUGUCCUCCGUGGCACACCCCUCUGCUGCCAGGACCUGUUUGAACUGCCCAGGGCCAGAGGAGGGGGACAGUCAGAACUCAAGGCUGGCAUUCUGACUGCUGGCUUUUCCCAGGCAGCCCAGGGCCCGAGACAGCAGGUGGCUUCCCAGUUCCUCUGGGCCUAGAAUGGCACAGGAAGGAUCUAAAUUUCCACUGUGUCACUUGCCAGCCUUGUACUUGGAGUCUGAAGCAGAGGUGACAUCUGGUUGAUGCCUCAGGUGAAAAUCUGGUUUUAAAAUGCAAUUUCCACACAGGCUCCUUCCUGCUUAGUAGGCUGAGCAGAUGCCCUCGGGCUGGGGGUGCCGACUCCCUCAGCCUUGCGGAGGAAGGCAGGGCUGCUGUGGGGAGCACGCCCGCUGCCCCUCUCGCUGACCAGGGCUGGACAAUGCCCCAGCAGAGGGAGCCCCUCCGCCCGGUGUCUGGCCGCCCUGGGCCAGCGAAAGCACUCGGAAAGCAAGACCUUCCCACUUUCUCCUCCCCACACGGUGCUGAGGCUCCCUGCUGAAACGCAAUUAAAGCAAUUCAUUUUCUAGUGCUGGUAUUUAUCGACUACCAUGCAGAAGGGCUAUCUUUCUAUUCUUAUCAAACCUUUGGUUGCGUGGUUUUUUGGUUUUUGGUUUUUUAAAAAAUACUUUAGGGUUCUGAUUUGUGGGACUUGACCUUGUAAAUAACCACUAUUCAAGUUGUGGCAGGAGGACGAUAACGAGGCCCCUCCCAAAGGAGCCCUAGAGCCAGGGAGGUGGCUUAGCCAGCUCAGCUCGGACCACCCAGAGGCAUGAGCUUCCCUGAAGAGGGGAACUGGGGUCCAAAGGCCUUUGGGGAGGGAGGCGGAGCUGGCUGGCUCAGCUAAGUGGCACGAUGACGCAUGAAGGAGAUUAUGUUGUGCUCUUUAUUGCCAAAAAUAAACACUUUUAAAAA